AAUGAUGUUAAACCUUGAAACACAAGAAGAAGUCAACAGUAAUAUUUAACCAUAUAAACGAGUGACAACGAAAAUUCCCACUACUCUCAGUUUGGAAGGCAGCAAACUUAAAAUAUUUUCGAAUUUUGACGUUUAUACUAAUUUUUUGACAAUUAAUUUUUUUGAUUUCUUAUUAAAUGUUAUCAAAAGCGGAACUUGUAGGAGCUUUAUGUACGGUUUUGGCUUUCGUUAGUGCCGGCCAAAUUUUAAUAACCGGAAUCCUGUCAUUUGAAUUUCCUCAUUUCUUGGCUUUUAGCCAUUGCCAUCUAUCAACAGCCGCUGGUGUUAUAUCGGGAUUGGUGGCCGUGCCGAUGGUUAUUCAAUUAAAAACCGCUCAAAUAUCGCAUCAUAUUGAAUUAAAAUAUGGUUACACAAAAUGGUAUCAAGUUUUGGCGAUUUGUGUAUGCGCAAUUCUCCAUUUUGCAGCUGCGAUUUUUACAGCGAUAGGCUUGUUGGUGCCAAGGAAAUGGGAAGAGGAAUUUUUUCAAAAAAUGGUUUUAUACAAUGAAAAAAACUGCGCUAAAUCAUUAGUUGAUAACAUUCAAUGGGCUUUACAGUGUUGUGGGGCCCAAUCUUAUAAAGAUUGGAAUCUUGUUCCUUGGAAAAAAAUAUCGGAUACAAGAAUAUCAAGACAUUUUGCAUUCCCCCAUCCAAGAGAAUCACCUUCCUUAGUCAACGCCGUUCCAUUUUCUUGUUGUGCAAGAAAAGUUCUCGACGUUUGCCUUCAUUACAACCUUUUAGAGUACGGCGUUAAAACGAUAAGCAUCGAAGGGUGCGCCCCAAAAGUUCAAAAAACUUCAAAUUUUAUUUUGGCGAUUGAGUUUGGAAUGUUUUCUUUAUGUAUUAUAAUCGAAAGUGUAGUUUUGCUCUGUUUGUUAAAAGAUCGCGAUCCAAUGGAAGAGAUUCAAAAGAACGAGUUAUUAAAAAAAUAUCUUUUUAAAACUAAAAAAGUACCUUCAAUCGAUCAACGAAAGAAAUCAGAUGGAGUAGAAGCUGAAAAGAAUUAAUUAUAAAAGAUGUGGGGAAA